AUGCAAAAGUGCUCCCAAUGUCCUUCUCUGUGCACGUACCGUGACGCGGAGAGUGACAAGAAUGCCAGCAGACAUCGAAGUCUAGCAGCUCAAGAAGACCAUGUCGCAAAAGGCAAGAUUUGGCCUUGUGCUAAGCAGGGACUCCAUCACUUAAAAGAGCUCAACUCUUUGAGAUUGAGCACCGUUGCGUUGAUCAGUGCUGCCAUCACUGCCUGCGGAACUGCUGGAGGAGACCGGAAAUGGUCUGCUGCACGUGAGUUGCUGUCGGAUGCAAGACAAGCUUUUGUUCGUUGCAACAUCAUCGUGACAAAUGCCGCAAUAUCAUGUUUUGAAGGUUGCCAGGCUUGGCAACAGUCCAUUUCCAUGUUGGCUUCUGCACAGGCGGAGGACCUGCGCCCUGAUACCAUUACAUACAACACAGCCAUCCGGAUCGCCCAGCAUAAGACUUGGCCCUGGUCACAGGCGUGUUUCUUGCUAUGCGACCUGAGAGAGCGAGAGCUUAAGGGCGACUUGAUCUCGCGCAACACUGCCCUUACCGUUUGCAGAGGGGCUUGGCAAGAGGCACUGGUGAUACAUGCUGAGAUACAACACUACGGGCUGGAAGCAGAUGUUGUUACCUGUGCUGCCACUAUCAGUCUUUGCGAAGGGUUGAGGUGGACGCUAGGUCUUUCUCUUGUGAAGUGCCUGGUUCUGAAGCAAAUACGCGGGAACACUGUUGUUUACAACAGCGCUAUGACGUCUACCCAGAGAGCAGAAGAUCCAGGCCAUGCGCUUGGCUUGUUCGAAUCGCUUCGACCUCAAACUCUCCGUCCAAGCCUGGUUUCCUGCAACGCCGUAUUAAGUGCCUUCGAGAAAUCUCAGAGCAAGUGGAAGCAAUCUCUGGCUUUCUUGCGGAAUUGUCUCCGAACAAGUUUCCGUCUCGAUGUCAUUUCCUGCAACUCUGUGAUAUCUGCGGUUGAAAAGUCCGGACGAUGGCAAGAGGCCUUCUGUGUCUUCAACACCAUGGAUGCCGUGGAUAUUGGACACGAUGUAGUGUCAUGUAGUGCCGUGAUAUCUGCAUGUGAAAAACCCAAUAUCUGGCAGAGCGCGCUGCGCUUUUUGGCGAAGAUUGAGGGAAGCAGCCUGGAGGCUCACACUAUCAGCUUCAAUGCUACAAUAUCUGCAUGUGGGAGCCAAGAGUGGCAGCAAGCUUUGUUGCUUCUUCGAAGCAUGCACCACAAGAGCCUUCAAGUUACUGUUGCCAGCCUGAAUACUGCGAUCAGUGCAUGCGACAAGGGGGCAAACUGGAAGCAAGCUUUAGCUCUCUUGGCUUGGCUCUACGAGAUUGGAGUGAAACCGGACGCCAUCACCUACAAUGCCGCAGCCAGCACCUGUGAAAAGUGUUCCAGGUGGAUCGCUGCACUGCAGCUUUGCAAGGCCCUCCCAAAGGUCCAGAUCCCACCAACUACGAUUACUUUCAAUACGGCAAUGGCUGCCUGUGGCAAGGCCGGGCAUUUGCGCCUGUGUCUUCAGCUUCUCGCGGAUCUAGUGCUCGAGCGUUUAGAGGCCGACGUCGUGACUUACAGCACGGCCAUCAGUGCAUGCGACCCGCAGGACUGGCAGACAGCUUUGUCUUUGCUGGGACAGAUGGAGCACACUGGAUUGGAGAUAAACUUGAUGUGUUAUUCUGCUGCUUUGCAGGCCUGCGGACGCAGCACGCAAUGGCAGCGAGGGCUGAUUUUGUACUCGAGGUUUGAACGAUCACAAUCAGUCUCGCGGUUUGAUGUGGUACCUAUUAGCGCAGUUCUCGAGAGUCUUGAGUCAUCACGUCAGCAGCUACUGCUAGUUCAGCUGCUGCCGCGUGUGGAAAUGAUGUGCUAUCAGGGGAUGCAGUGA